ACAAAAAGAGAUCAGAAAUGGGUUUGAAAGCAGAUCAUAAGCCGCAUGCAGUUUGUAUCCCAUUUCCAGCUCAAGGCCACAUAAACCCUAUGCUUCAAAUAGCUAAAAUCCUCCAUUUCAAAGGCUUUCACAUAACUUUCGUCAACACAGAAUUCAUCCACAAACGCCUGAAGUUAAACUCCAUAGCCAACAGUUCCAUCAAUGGCUUCUCUAACUUCAGAUUUGAAACAAUCCCAGAUGGAAUCCAACCCGCCAGCGAUGAGGAUGGUGGUGCUGAGGCUCCUCAUCAAGAUAUGCCUUCUCUUUUUCACUCCAUCCUUAACAACUUUUCAACUCCAUUUUGUGAUCUGAUUCACAAGCUUAAUGAUAGUUCGUGUUCUGGAGUUCCUCCGGUGACUUGUAUUGUGGCUGACGGUGGCUUGACCUUCACUCUUGAUGUUGCUCGACGAUUUGGAAUUCCUAUCGGGAUUUUUUGGGCGGCCAGCGCCUGUGCUACUUUGGCUUACACGCAAUAUCAUCAACUUAUUGAAAGAGGUUUAGCUCCUCUCAAGGAUGAAAGCUACCUUACAAAUGGCUAUCUGGAAACGAGCAUAGAUUGGAUUCCAGGCUUGAAAAAUAUCCGGCUAAAGGAUCUUCCACCUUUCUUCAGAACUACAGACCCAAGCGAUCCCUUUCUCAACUGGGUCUUGACAGAGGUAGAGAAAGCUUCCACAGCUUCUGCUUUGAUUCUCAACACGUUUGAUUCCCUGGAACAGGAUGCCUUGCAAGCUCUCUGUGCCAUGUAUCCUCAUUUAUACACCAUAGGUCCUUUUCAGUUGCUGGUUGAUCAGAUCGAUGACGAUGAUGAACUGAAACUCAUGGGUUCAAGUCUAUGGAAAGAACACUCUGAGUGCCUUGCAUGGCUUGAUUCAAAACAACCCAACUCGGUUUUAUUCGUAAAUUUUGGUAGUACAGCUACAAUGACUCUUGAUGAACUCACUGAGCUUGCAUGGGGACUAGCCAACAGCAAAAAACAAUUCCUGUGGGUAAUAAGGGCCGACCUUGUCAAAGGUGGCUCAGAAAUUCUGCCACCUGAAUUUGCAGAAGAGAUAAUGGACAGAGGAUUUCUGACAAGCUGGUGUCCGCAAGAACAAGUCCUGAAGCAUCCAUCGGUCGGAGGUUUUUUAAGCCAUAUGGGGUGGAAUUCAAGUCUGGAAAGUGUUUGCGGUGGAGUGCCGUUGAUUUGUUGGCCAUUUAUAGCAGAUCAGAUGACAAACAGUAGAUAUGCUUGCACAGAAUGGGGUGUUGGAUUGGAGCUUGAAAAAGUUGAGAGAAAUGAAGUGGAGAAGCUUGUGAAGGAGCUUUUCGAAGGAGAGAAAGGGAAGGAAAUGAAGAAGAAAGUAAUGGAGUGGAAGAGAAAAGCAGAAGAGGCAACAGUUUCUGGUGGUUCCUCUUGCAAGAACUUGGAUAAGUUGUUGGAGAUUCUCGUGGGAAACAAUGAUAAUAAUAAUUAAUAGGUCUGUUUUUAAGUUGAUAUACUGAAAAAUAAAAGGCAGGUAGCCUUAAACAGUUCAAA